GACCUGCACAGCGUUAUCUGCACUUUUGACCACUGCAGAGAAACUCUUCCUCGGGGACAACUCACGGUUAGGGUCCCGGGGACUCCUUCACUCGCAAUUCCCUUCGUUGGCUUCACGACCGACGGGUCGGUUCGGUUUGGAAAACAACCCGCGUCUCCCUCACCCAACACUCGGGACACCGAAGAAGAAGAAGAAGGAGGAGGAGGAGGAGGACCAUCGGGAACAUGAAGUGUGGCUUUGACUGGAUUGCACUCCGAGACCCUCCGACCCAGGAGCCGGUUCUGGCGAAGUUUUGCUGGUGACUGGAAUGGGACUCGUUCUGGAGCACAACCCGAGACACGAGGCUUGUCCCGCACGGUACCUUUCAGUCCGUCUCGCCGCGUGUUUUCCUGAACCCGGUCUGACUGUGCCAAGGUUUCAUGUUCACGUAACGAUGGCUUUGAGUUCUCGAGCUCACGCUUUCUCGGUGGAAUCUCUGGUGGGGAAGUCCCUGAAGAGGAAGUUGGAAGACCACGAAGAUGCAACUUCGAGGGCUCAUCCGAUGGGGAGACUCACACCCCCUGAUCCGGUUCAGGACACGGGGGGGAACGAAUCUGGGGAAGAAGCUAAGGGCCAGAGGGCCAGAGCCCGGAGCUGCCUGUCGCCGCCUCCCUGCCCGGGGAUCAGCUCGGUCUGUCUGGCUGUGCAGGUGGAGCUGCAGGGAGCAGAGCUUUGGAAACGAUUUCACGAGAUUGGGACGGAAAUGAUCAUUACCAAAGCUGGCAGGCGCAUGUUUCCCGCAGUACGUGUGAAAAUUAAGGGUCUGGAUCUCAUGAAGCAGUAUUAUAUCGCCAUGGACAUUGUCCCAGUGGAUUCCAAGAGAUACAGGUACGUGUAUCACAGUUCUCAGUGGAUGGUGGCUGGGAACACCGAACAGUCCUCGCUCAGCCCCCGGCUCUAUGUGCACCCCGAUUCUCCUGCUUCAGGGGAAACUUGGAUGAAACAGAUCGUCAGUUUCGACCGAGUGAAACUCACCAACAACGACAUGGAUGAUAAGGGACAUAUUAUUCUGCAGUCCAUGCACAAGUAUAAACCGCGGCUGCAUGUGAUCUUGAAGCAGGCGGACGCUAACCUGUCGGUAAAUCAGCUUCUCCCGACAGAUGGAGUACAAACGUUUUCUUUUCCGGAGACUGAAUUCACAACAGUGACAGCUUACCAGAACCAACAGAUUACGAGGUUGAAAAUCGACAGAAAUCCAUUUGCCAAAGGAUUUAGGGACCCUGGAAGAAACAGAGUGAGUUUGGAAGGAGUCAUAGACAGCUAUCCUUGGAGAGCUGCGGUACCAACACUGGAUUUUCAGGCUUUUAAUAUACAAACUAGAGGUAGGUGCUCAGACUCCUCGCAAGUAACCUACACUGAGACUCCAUGCUCUCUGACCUCGGUAAUCUCUCCCUCCUGCUCUCCACCCUUGUUUCAUGUGACCUCAAACACUCUUGGGAUGACUUGUCGAGACGCUCAUCUUUGUAAUGUAGACUUCCCCAUUUGUUACACCUCUGGCAGAAACAUGGGUCCUCAGCGGUUUACCUAUCCACCAUCAUAUGACCGGGUGAGAGUCAACACUUCACCGUCAGAAAUCUUUGCCACUCAGAGAUCCCCAUCUCUGAUGUUUCGUCUCCCCUAUUUCUCUUCAAUUAACGCUUUAACGACAAACCAUGGAAAAGCUGGAGACCUCAAUGGACAUGGAGUGCAAGUGCCCAAUGCUGCCUUUUCCCAUCUUCAAAUCAUGCAGCCUCGAAGCACAAUUUCUCAAGACAAUCCAAUGCACCAAGACUUGUACAACUUUUCUGUGCGUCGCCCUUACAGUUUAUAUGGCUACAACUUGGCUGCAUCUUCUAGACUAGCAACACAUCCAUUUAAAUUGAUCACUCAAAACAGCCCACCACCAAACGCCAACACGCCAGUGACUGAGAGAACUUUGGGAGUUGGAAAAGCUCAAUGGCAACCGGCAGCCAAUCCCAGUCUCUAAUACAGUUGCAUUUAAGAGGCAUUUCUUUGAAAGAACUUUCGAAACUUUGACAUUUGGAACAAAUGAUCCGUUAGGAAACAGAGAAUAUUAAAGGUCAUAUAAAUUAAUGGCCACAGGAAAUUGCAGCAGGAAAUGUUCAUUGAGUGUCACUGUGUAUUGGGUGUAAAACUAACGUGAGAUCUAACGACAAACAGAGCUGUUAUAAAACUCUUGGUGGCGUGCAACGCAUCUGAACUUCCUUAAAUUACCAAUUUCAGUGUAAAUAGCAACGUUUGUGUGUAAUUUUAUUAUAAGACGUUUUGCAGAAGAGAACUAGCAAUAAGCCCACACCCCAAAACAAACUGAUACCCCUCCGUCCAAGGAUUCGGUUUGGAAUAUCAGUUUACAAAAAAUACAACUGACGCUUCAUCAUAUUCCUACACAAUGCUAAGGUCCGCAAAUAACUGGUUUAGACACCUCGAUUGAGGAUACUCUAUUCCUGCAAUAAUUCGUUUCAAAAUGCCCAAAUGUUCGCUCCUCUAUCAAUUCAUAAACUCAACCGAUCGUCUCAUCCUGCGCGUACUUGAUCAUGUUCAUUGGCAAAACGAAUCACAUCACUGCACUAAUGAAAUAGCACAUAGCAUUAAUAAUUCGGAAGAGUCGCGUUUGUCCCUAUUUUCCGUUUACAAACCCUUUGUCUGGAUCCCAUCACACCAGCAGUGCCCUCACUCUUGAUCCUGAUCAAAUCGCAAUCGAGUGCAACAGUUGAUGUUUUCCGAAUCCCACAUUUCGACGAGGAAGGGGUUGGUUUACAAUAUAAUGUCAUGUUGAAUCAUUUUAAACGCACGUUAAGCCAUAAACGUUUAACGCUACGGGUUCCCUGUUUUGCUGUAUGUCUGAAUCAACAAGAGAGAGAAACAAUCACAAAGAUGGACAGGAGGUGAUGGAGUUAAUUGGUUGUAAAGGAAGCACAGAUCAGUGGAUGAAGUGCUCCUUCCAGAUCCAUCGGGAAAAUCAAUGUCAGCUUUGAAUCUAGCAUAAUACUCUCAGGU